CUCCCACGUCGCCCGCUAUUCUCGAGAUGCGCGCCCCACCCACCACCAUUUACACCUCUGCCCGUCGCGCAUCUCGCUCCACCAACGUGCCUUGAACACAGCCCCUACAUCUUUUGCGAAUAUGUCUGACCGCGAGUUUGGGGGUAAGCCUCGAAGAAUUCCCAUUCCUUUCAACCGUUAAAGAAACUAAUUCGCGUUUGCGCAGGAAAUGAUGAGCUCUCACUUCCGAAAGGUAUGCGACUUCUUAGAAACCGGCCCCAUACGCGCGAAUUUACUAACUCCACCGAUAGCCACAGUCCAGAAGAUCAUCACCGAGAUUCUCCACUCCGACCCAGGCGUGACGUUUGCCAAAGACACGCGCGACCUCCUCAUCGAAUGCUGCGUAGAGUUCAUUACUCUCAUUUCCUCCGAGGCCAACGAGAUAGCUGAGAAAGAGGCGAAGAAGACGAUCGCCUGCGAGCAUGUCAAGGCAGCGCUUGAAGAGCUAGAUUUCGGCAACUACGUGCCUGCCAUCCUGGAAGUAGCGGCGGACUACAAGAAGACCCAAGCUAGCCGUGAAAAGAAGCAGACCAAGAUCGAGCAGAGCGGCAUGACGGAGGAGGAGUUGAUACGACAACAGCAGGAGCUAUUCCGCUCCGCGACCGACAAGUUCAACUCUGGUCCGCAGUGAUCGAAUUCGGAG